UUGAGGACUCCACUUGUGCGAGCCGUUGAUUCGGAAAAUCUCAGAAUGAUUGAAUUACUUUUACAAAAACCUACGGUUGAUGUCAAUAAAAUGGAUCGGAACGGAUGUUCGCCUGUGGCAUCCGCGCUCUUCAAAGUUAGAAACAUGGCGUUAGCGGAGCUGAUUGUAAAAUCGGGAGCUGAUUUAAACGUCCUUUAUAAAGGUGUUUUCUUGGUUCAUCAUGCAGUUCAUACAAAUAAUUUGGAGGCAGUACAAUUCUUAUGCAGGCACAAAGUGGAUGUGAAUAAAAGAACAACAGAAGGCAUGCUUCCAUUACAAAUUGCGAUAGAUUUCGAAAAUGUCAAUAUGGAUCUUAUUCGAAUACUUAUGCGGUCUGGUGCAAAUAUUUCGUUGAAAAUUUCUGAUGCUCAUGAAACUUUGAUUCACUACAUCAUCGGUAAAGAAAACGGCGAUGAAAUUUUAAAAGUUUGCAUCGAGAAUGACACCUGCAAUGACGAUAUUUUCACAAUCGUAGACGCGAACGGUCAUACUCCUUUUGCAAAAGCCGUCUUUAGUAGUAAGUUCCUAAGCGCUGAGCUUUUGAUGAAAGCUGGAGCUAACGUCGAUGAAAAGGAUCCGAAAGGAAUAUCUCUUCUGAUGCGAGUUAUCAGUAACAAAUUGGAUGACGCUGCAAUAUUUCUGUUGAAUCAUGGAACGGAUAUUUCAGGAUGCAUUUUCGAGAAAGACUGUUUUUCUUUGGCUGUUGAAUUCUCGCUCCUCAAGACUGUUCGCCAUCUUUGUACUUUUACCGAAGACAGCGGAAAGUAUAUGAAUGCUUCAUUGUUAUGGGAAGCUUUGCAACAGGGCUCAUUUGAAGUCGCGAAAGCCUUAAUUGAGAAUGGUUGCGAUCUGAACGGUUGGUUUUGCAAUGAAAGUCGCAAAAGUCGCCAAACACUGCUGCACAAAGCGAUCUCUUUAGAGUUGCGUGACGCGGCCAUUUUCUUGAUUGAUGCUGGAUGCGAUAUUGAUGCCUCUGAACAAAUAGAGAUUAAUGGAGAGCAGUGGAAUAGAGACACUCCAUUGCUUGCUUGCAUUCGUUUAGACUUUAACGAUGUUGCACUGUGCUUAAUUGAACGAGGAGCUAGACUGGACAGGAAGGACGCAGAGGGUUGUUCGGCUAUCCAUUUAGCAGUUUGUAAACAGAACAUGAUAAUCCUCAGUGAACUAUUGAGUAAUUGUAAUCCUGGUUUGCUUCUGGAUACGGAUUGUCACGGAAAUACACCCCUGGAUGUAGCGAUCAAAACACGUAAUUAUUUGGCGGCUGAGACUCUUAUCAAAAAAGCACCGAACUUAAUCACGCAGGUGGAUAUGAAUGGAGAGAUGUUAUUGCACAAAACAGUGAAAGCAGUUGAUUUAGAAUCAGUACUUUUCUUGAUAAGUACCAGUUUCGAUGUUAAUGCUUAUACUCAGAAUGAGUCAUGUGUUACCGCGCUACAUCUUAGUGCUCAGUAUGGCAGUGAAAUUAUAAUGCGAAAUUUGAUUUUAGCUGGAGCUAAUGUCAACGCAGCCAGUGCUGAUGGCUUUACGCCUCUACAUGUUGCUGCAUAUAAUAAUCGCGAAGCGUUAUGUAUGAUUUUACUGGAAAAUGGUGCCGACCCUAACAUUCCAGACGUAUUUGGCAACACUCCGUUGCAUAGAGCGGUAUCAGAAGGAAGUGUAGCCUGUGUUAAUGUUCUAAUUAGCGACUCGCGGAUAAAUUUGCGUGCUGUGAAUAAAAAGCAACAAAAUGCUUUGUUCCUUACUACUGGAGAUUUGUCAAGAACAAAUUCUUUGGAUAUACUACAGAUGUUUUUGAACGCUGAUCCGCAGUUUCCUUUGGAUGCAAAAGAUGUGGAUGGAUUUACAGUGUUUUUGUUGUCAUAUUUGAAAGGAAAUGAAAAUAUGUGCCAUGCACUGCUACGUCAAGGUGUUUGUUUGGGCAUUGUCACUCAGGCUGGUAUCUCAGUUUUCAAACAUGUGACGCCAACAAAACAGCUUCUUUUUUCAUUAUUGGAUAAACUGGAGCGUGAACCGUGUUGGGCUGACGGCCAUUCAUGUUCGGAGUGUGAAGUGAAAUUUUCUCUGACAGUGCGAAAACAUCAUUGCAGGCAUUGUGGACGAUUGGUGUGCGCAAGUUGUUCGGAACAAGAAGUGCCCAUAUUUAAAUACGGUAUUGAGAAACCGGUUAGAGUUUGUCAAAUUUGUGGUGAUAUUCUUAACAUGAGAAACGUAUGGUAUUUGAAUAAAAGUUAAAGGAAGAUUAAGAGCGUGCUUUGAAGAGAAAAAUGAAAAAAUUCGAUCAUAUCUUCUGCAUUAUAAAUAAGUUAUCAAGAUCUUUAAUUAUGGAAGCGUAGCGAUGAUUUCGAUUUUAUCGCGAUCAGUUUUUCUCUUUUUUUUUCCAUAGCUUCAUGAUUGUUUUAAAGAUAUCACAAGCCAGCUUCAUUGAUAGCCAAUCAGUAUGUAAUUAAAGAACUUGUUUUUUGUUGUUUACUACGAAUAUUUAUUUAUACAUUCGAGUAUUGGGAUACAUUUCCUAAAUAUUGUAUCAUGAUUUAUAUUUUGCUACUUUUUUUUAUCCAGCUGUGUAACUUCUGUUUACAGGCUCUGGCCGGAUUUGUAUAAUUUGUUUCUCAACUCCUGAAACAGAAUAAUUCAGUUUUGAAUAACAUUUCCAGG